AUGAGGUUGCCUUUGGCCAUUGCUUGGUUGUUUGGUGGUCUUGUUGGUGUUUUGGACUUGAAGUGGUAUGAGCACGAUGCAGAGGUUAAGGCUUGUGGUAUAAGCACAAUGCAGAGGUUAAGGCUUGGUUUUGGGUGUUUCCAGCAGCUAGAAGAUGAGGUGCAGGGUAUUGGAAUGGCUAAGGCUUGGUGUUUUCUAGCACAGGGUAAGCUUGCCUCUCUUUCCUUGUUCUCUGGAUGA